UCUGAGCUUUUGUUGUUGUAAAGUGUAAGAGCUUUGAGAUUUGAGCUUUGAGGUUUUGGUUAUGGCUUUCUUAGUGGAGAGAUGUGGAGAGAUGGUGGUUUCUAUGGAUUCUCACAAGGCAGUGCCAGCUCCAUUUCUCACCAAGACUUACCAGUUGGUUGACGACCCUUGCACCGAUCACAUUGUGUCAUGGGGAGAGGAUGAGGCCACGUUUGUUGUGUGGAGACCCCCAGAGUUUGCAAGGGAUCUCUUGCCAAAUUACUUCAAGCAUAACAACUUCUCUAGCUUUGUGAGGCAACUCAACACUUAUGGUUUUAGAAAGAUAGUAGCUGAUAGAUGGGAGUUUGCCAAUGAGUUCUUCAGAAAAGGCCAAAAGCACCUCCUCUCCGAGAUCCACAGAAGAAAAACAACAAAUUACUCCCAACCACCUCAUCACUUCCAACCUCAUCAACUCCCUCCACCUCCAAAUGACCAUCACCAUCAUGUAGUAGAGAGAUCAUCUUAUUGGAUCAAUGAGCCACCAUUGCUCCCUCCGAUACCCGGUACCAAUAGUGACUACCUCUCGGCUCUCUCGGAGGACAACCAGAGACUAAGGAAGAAGAACUCCAUGCUCUUAUCAGAGCUGACUCACAUGAAGAAGCUAUACAAUGAUAUCAUCUACUUCAUCCAAAAUCAUGUCACCCCAAGGCCUGCUAGGGUUGUGGAGGUUGGUCCAAGCUCAGUGACAAUAAUGGAGGAGCCGGUUGUGGCGGAGAGCAGCAUCAAGCUCUUUGGGGUUGCCCUCAAUGGAAAGAAGAGGUUGCACACUGAAGGUUGAUUUAGUUUAGUUUAGUUAGUUAGGACAGGGAUUAGGGGAGUUUUGAGAGAAGAAAGAUGUGUAGAUAUGGUAUUGCUAGCUUGUGGCUAGUGAGACAUGCUUGAUUUCAUGGUCAAUGCAUGCAUUUGGUUCGAGCGUUGAGUUUGGAAAGUAGUUGUUUAGUUGAAAAGAAACUCAAGCUCUUGAGGUUCUCUCAUUUGGGAGGAUCUUUUUUUUUCUUUUU